AUGGAAAGGCAAAUGGAAGAGCAAUUGGAGAACAAAUCACAGCUAGUCAGGGAGAUCUGCUCCAUCUCAUCCAUCUUUGCUUCAUGCUCUCACCGUCGACGCUCCUCUCGUAAGCCGGUCUUCAUUGAUUGGUACCUCGUUCUUAGAAUUGAUGAAGAUGUGGGGAUAGAUGUCAUCCGGAGGCGAUACCGUCAACUGGCAUUGCAGCUUCAUCCGGACAAGAAUAAGCACCCCAGGGCUGAUGUUGCAUUCAAACUUGUCUCGGAGGCACAUGCAUGUCUCUCUGACAAAACCAAAAGGAAAUCCUUUAACUCUGAGAGGUGGAAGAACUUCUGCAAGGAAUGCUACAAGAAGUCCCAGUUUAUGCCUUCGGGGAACCACUGCAAUUUCCACAAACAUAGAGCCUUUUAUCCCGCAGAACAACAUGCCAAAUCAGAUAGGAUGAUGCACACACUGAGAGAAGUUCAAAACAGAUUCAGAGAAGAGUGCGGCGUGAUAGAAAAUUGUUUAAGAGCAAACAAAGCUCACAGAAGAGAGUUUCCAAUCUUCAAUCCAUCUGAGCAGGUGCUGUAUUCCCCUGGCUACCCACAUUAUCGGACACAGGUGUUCGAAGAACCUACGGCCCGCAGGUACGACCACACUAAUAAUGCUCGAAAGUACUGGGAAAGAGGAGGUCGAUGUGAGUCCCCCGUUUAUGAGAUAAGAACAGAAAAUCAAUCAAUGAGAACAAAGAAUUUCGGUUUCAGCUUCUGA